GCUGCACCCACAGCCAGAGAUUUGCGAGAAAGGGCCGGGGAGGGGAGAGAGGAGUGAGCAAGAACUUGUCUUUCUCCAUGGCAACUCUAUGCUGACGUUUUACUCCCGUCUUCUCUCCCGGCCGUGGAGCCAUUGAGAGUUGAGUGUUCUGAGGGAGGUUCCUGUCUGUAGAAAGUAGGGGACUUGUGCGGGGGCUUCUGGGAAGAGUAGUCCGGGCUGGGUGUGUGCGGAAGUCUGUGAAGGGUCUUCUUGGAAGUAGGAGUGGCUUUGAAGAAAAGCUAAAGGUAACUAAGAUUGGACUCAUAGCUGAAGUAAAUUUCCUUCAAGAUAUUCUAAUUCAGAAUGUCUGCAGAAUUGAGUGAAGAUUCCAUAUUGAUUUCUCCCACUCUAACUGAAAAAGAGAGUAUUUUGAGAGUGAAGAUAGAAGAGGACCGCAUCUAUGGACAAGGAUCAGGUGUCCACUGGAACAGCUGCCAUGGUCUAGAAAUCUUUCGCCAGCAAUUCAGGCAAUUUGGGUACCAGGAUUCACCAGGGCCCCGUGAAGCCCUGAGCCAGCUCCGUCAGCUUUGUCGUCUCUGGCUUAGACCAGAGAGGCACACAAAGGAGCAGAUCCUGGAGCUACUGGUCCUGGAGCAGUUCUUGACCAUCUUGCCCAAGGAACUCCAGACCUGGGUUCGAGAGCAUCAUCCAGAAAAUGGAGAAGAGGCAGUGACCAUUCUAGAAGAUUUGGAGAGAGAGCUUGAUGAGCCAGGACAUCAGGUCUCAUUCAGUGGCCGAGCACAGGAAGACCUUAUAGAGGAGAUGGAACCUCACGAAACGGCUGAGGAAUCAUCAAAUGUACAGCCCCUGCCUGUGGAGAAUGAACUUAAGUGGGAAGCCUGGGAAUUCCACUCUCUAAGACACAGUGAUGGUGAUACUCAGACUGAGAAUGGGGAGUCCCUUCCAGAUCAGGAGAUUUCUUCAGGUAUAGAACCACAGGAUGAUAUUUCUGGCACACUUAAUAUAGACGUUGCUCAGAUUUUCAAAUAUGGAGAAAUCUGUCAGCGUGAAGGCAGAUUUGAAAGAAAGCAGGGAAAUCCCUCUCGUAAAAAACAGCAUAAAUGUGAUGAAUGUGGUAAACUCUUUAGCCAGAGCUCAGCACUUAUUCUACACCAGAGAAUCCACAGUGGGGAGAAACCCUAUGAAUGUGAUGAGUGUGGGAAAGCCUUCAGCCGGAGUUCAAUCCUUAUUCAACAUCAGAGAAUCCACACUGGAGAAAAACCAUAUAAAUGUCAUGAAUGUGGGAAAGCUUUCAGUCAGAAUUCUGGGCUUAUUAAUCAUCAGAGAAUCCAUACUGGGGAAAAACCUUAUGAAUGUAGUGAGUGUGGGAAAGCUUAUAGUCAAAGCUCAAAUCUUUUUAGGCAUCAGCGAAGACAUAGUGAAGAAAAAUCCUAUCAAUGUCAUGAAUGUAAAAGUUUUCUUUGAGAGCUUGGAUCUUUUUCAUCAGAAAAGAUAGUGUAAUGGGGGGAGGGAGGAAAUCAGUUUAGUUUUAGUAGACUAAAUAGUUCCCUUUUAACAUCAGAAUAGCCCCUGUGGAAAAAGAGGGAGAUCUUUAGUCACUGUUUGUACUUUACCUAUCUCUAUGUUGUCACACCUUUCUAUAGACUUUCAGAAUCUUAACCUUAUUUUUGAUAUUUAUUCCUCAAUUUCCUGUUUGUAAACAUAUCUCCAUUGCCUGUCCCAUUUCAAAGCUUCCAUGUUAGACAAGUAAAUUGCUUAUGUAUUGAGAAUAUGGAUACCUUCAAAGACAGAUUUUGUGUCCUAGCAAAAAUGCAACACCAAAACUGUAAAGACCAAAUCCCAAACGUACCAUUUCUGACUCUUAAAUUAUGUCUUCUUUUAUUAAAAUCUCAUUUGCAAUCAGACUCUAGGAAUUUGAUGGGUAGCUUAAAAGAAAGAGAAAGACCUUAAAAUCUGGAACAAAAAAAGUUAAUAUGAAGUGCUAUGUACUAGGCACUUUGCUAAAGACUGGGUAUAGAAAAAGAAUCAAAAGACUAUAUCUGCUGUCAAGGAGUUCAUAAUCUAAUGAGGGAGACAACAAGCAAACAGUUAUGUAUAUAACUUAAAUAGAUAAGUUAUAUACAGGGUAAAAGAAAUAAUUAAAAGGUGGGAGGCACUUGUAUUUGGAAGGAUUGAGAAAGGUUUCCUGGACAAAAUGGACUUUUAGUGGUACUUAAAGGAAGCCAGUAAAAAAAGAUGAGGGAGAAAGCAUUCCAGGCAUGGGGGACAAGUCCAGUGUCACAGGAUUGACAAGGCUCUAGCAGUGAAUAAGGUGUAGGAAGAAUGAAAAUGUGAGGGAAAUGAGGGUGGGUUGCCCUUUGAUGUGCCAAACAUAGGAUUAUAUAUUUGAUCCUGGAGGUAAUAAAGAGCCACUAGAAUUUACUGAGUAGGAACAUGAUGUGGAUCAGAGUCAAACAUUGAAAAGCAGAUAUGGCACUUAAGUCAAGAAAGGAAUAAACUCUUGUACUGAAUAAGGAUUGAAUGAUGGUAAAUAAAACUCCAUGUAUCCAUGGAUACAAUUAUCUAACUUAAAAAAAAAAAUCCAAAGCUGUCUAAUUUAUAGACAGUUUACAGAUGUCUGGAAAUAGUCAAAAUAUAUGUGUAAAAUGGGAAAUUUUAGAAUAUUAUGACAAUAUGUUAUAAGAGCACAUGCAAACAGGAUGAUGGUAUCACCCAUGUCAUCUUGGAAUCUAGAAAAAAGAUAGUUGGAGAAGUAGACUUAUUGGCAUGUCUCUAGCACUGUCUAGUUGAUAAUUAUUAACUACCUACUAUGUGCCUAGCCUUGUGCUAAUCACUGGGUAUACAGAUAACUAAUUCCUACUUUCAAGAAGUUUAUGUUCUAAUGUGGAAGCCAAGAAGUUCACUGAACAGUUCCAGCUGUCAAUAUAUCCAAUAUAUCACAAUGGAUGAGAACCACUGAAACUAAAAAAGAAGUAGUGAAUAAUAAUUAUGUAUAAAGCACUGUGCAAAUUCCUCUUUGUUAUCAUAUCUUGGUACCAACACUAUGAAUUAUAAAGGUUUUUUUGUUUUGUUUUGUUUUGUUUUUACUGUAAAUCAGUGUCUUGAGAAAGUAGGGGAGUUAUUCACUAUUUUUUCCCCAGAAUGUAAUUAUUACUGAGUAAGCUGAUCCCUUAGAGCUAAUGUCACCACCAAAAGUCUAGGGAUUUUGGUUAAAGAGCUUGACAGCAUUCCUUAUUAUAGCAUUCUUCCUUUCCAAGUUGAAGGUGCUCUCCAUUGCAAGUUUUAACAUUUUCCAAAGAUAUUGUUUUAAUACCUACUGUUCAAAUAACAGGUACACUUAAAAGUUACACCUUUAUGUUUAAUUGAUCACAUGUUCUGUUUUGAAAUAAAAUGCCUCAUUUGUUCAUGUCCAAAAUAUUUGUGAAAUUUUACAAAACUAAUUUUCAGUGUUUUCAGGUUUCUUAACAUGUCUAUAGGGUCAUUGUAAUAUAUACAUGUUGUUAAUCAGUGGACUGUACUUCAUGGCUCUGUAUCCCAGAUUCAUUGCUUGGUGUAAAACCUCAUAGCAAAAUAAGGCUGUGAGAAAAAGAAGAGGAAAAAGACAUGUUUAUAGUGACCCUUUAAUAUUGACCUUAUGAUUUUUAAUCAUUUAGUCUAAAAAUAAUUUCUAUAUAUAAUGUUUGGAGUGCCUUCAAAGAAAAAUGGGAUUGUCAUAGGCCAGUUUAAAACAAUGGUAAAUAAAGGCCAGCAGGUGAAGAAGUGGAUGCAAAAAAGGAGCUUGUUAAUGAUAGAUAUACUGGUAGUGAUUAAUUCUAAGAAAUGUACUUUAUAGAUUUAACUGUACAAAUAUGUAUUGAUACUAUGUAUUUGAAGCUAUAAAGGGGUCUUUUGCUUGGGACUCAUUCUUAUAGUUGCUGAAAGAGACCAAGUGAUGUCUAAUAAAGCAAUGAACUCUCCCUGAAAUAAAUAAA